AUGAGAGACCAGGUCAAGACUUCCACACCCAUUCUCCGUUUGUCUCAAAGGCUUUUUGUCCACCAGGCUUUCGUUGUUGUCCUUACUGUUCUUACUGGCUUUUCAGGAAUCCUGGAAGAUCACAAGGCGGACAUACUAAGAACAGUCUCUGUAGCACACACACCCACUGAUGGCACAAACAGGCAGCAGAAUACCAUGAAGAAGUUUCCAAAUAAUCACACAGUAGGAGCAGAAGACCCGGCUGACCCGCAAACAUUGGAAAUUCUUCAGCAACAGCUGGAAUCAUUUAAGACAUUUCAGCAACAGACUCUGGAGGAUAUUAACACGGUACAGUCUAAAAUCUGUGAGAUACUAAAUAAAGAUAUAUUUGAAAUGAGAACUCCACUACGUAGUUCAGACAAGAUUCUGAUGACUUCCACACCAAGCGAUGCAUCUCUGCUUAUGGAAAAUCCUGAAUCGCUGCCUUCUAAGAGAAAAGUUCAUCAUCAUCAACAACCCUGUUCAGAUGAGCAUGUGGAAGCAAAUUCCAAUACUGGAAAUUUCGUCAGUGAUAUAAAUAUUCCACACAGGAUUUCACUUAAAACUAAAGCAACUGAAAAGGUUGACAAUUCCAAAGAUCUGUGUGGAAACAACAGGAUACUUACAACAAAAACCGACCGUAAAUAUGGACAUUUACUAUCUGGCACUAAUUUGGAGACAGAAGGGUUGAAUGCUGCCCAUGAGAAGGUCAUUUUGAGUGAAUCUAAACAUCAUAUACCUUUUCCCAAAUUUGGGAAAGAAUUUCAUAAAAUAGACAAUACCAACUAUCCUACCAAGUUGCUGAAACAAGAAUUUCCAAAGUCAGUCCGUAAUGAUUUGGAUUUGUUAGCAAAUAAUACGGGAAAAUCUGGCUUUUUAUCCAGAGAAAAAUUAACUAACUUAAAAGAAAGUGCAGAAAUUGUGACCUCUUUAGAAGAAUCACAUAUCGGUUUAGUUCCAGAUAAAGGCCUACAUUUUGAUCAAGAAUUUUAUGAAGACUCCGAACGUGCCAAUGUAUGCGGUGGUUCUCCUACAACAGUAGACAGUGAAAAAGCAGAAUCUCAAAGCAAAAAUGUACAUCAAGAAUUCAGAACCAAUUACAGCGAAGGUGACAGAUUCCCGGUUAAUUCUUUUUCCGAGAUGGUGAAAGAUAAGCUACUAAUGCUUGAUAACAAAGAGCAACUAAAAAAAGAAAAAGAACAACAACAGACUACUUUAAAUCUAACGUUACUGAGACCAGGAAAUCAGAAGUUCAGCGAAAUCAAAGUAGCCUCUGAAUAUGAUGGCAAAACUGAAGCAUUGCAAAAGUCCCUGAAAAAUUCUGAGCAUUUGCAAAAAACAGUACAUGAUCUUCCGAAUGAAAAUUUAGCUCUCAAGAACAAAGUGGAACCUCUUACCCUUACCAUACAGUCUUCGAAAGAAAAAAUAUCAAAAUGUAAUACGCAAAUUAAGGAUUUAGCUGAAGAAAAGAAAAGUGCGCAAAUCCUGUUGGUUAAAUCACAAGAAGAUAACAAGGAAUGUAUUAAGGAAGCAAAGAACUUCCUAAGGAAAUGUAAAGAACUCCAAAACCAGAAAAACAUCCUUGAGGAAGAGAGGAAUCAACUCCAUAAUGGAAACCAACAUUCAAUACAGACACAACAUGAUUUUCAAAUUAGGAACCAGAAAGAAGAAAAGGUGACUGCCGUUACCUGUGAAAGAAAGAGGCUCAGUGCAACCCAAAAGUUCUUACAAAAGGAAUGCUUCAAGUUACAAGAAACAAAUAAAAAACUUAAGAUGGAAAUAUCCCAGCUUACAAAAGAAAAUAGUUCCCUAGAGCAAGAGCUUGAAAGAAAUCGGAAUGAAAUGCAACGAACAAAAGAAAAAGAAACCACAGCGAAAUCUGAACUGGAAACUCAUCUUCAGUUAAUGCAAACUCUGGAAGCCAAAAAACUUAACCUUGAAAUGACCCUGCAGGAAUGUUCUGAUACUAAGCAGAUCCUGCAGAAGGACUUUGAGAAAAUCCAAUCAGAUAAAGCUUAUACAGAAAAGAAACUCAUGACUGAACUCAGAAAUGCAAAAGCAGAUAUUGAUCUUUUAAAGUCUAACUUGACCAGUGUAAUCAGAGAAUGCGAGAGGUUAUCAACAGUAGUAACAAACGUCACAGAGGAAAAUCAGUUACUUAAGAACAAACUGCAGGAACGUAGACAAGACGCUUCCAAAUACGAAGGCGACAUUAGAAAAUUGACCGAAGACUGCUUACUAUUAGAACAUCUCCUGUGGAGUACCGACAUGAGAGAGAUGUAUUACAGGUUGAAUUCAGCCACUUGCAUGAGGAUUAUAUUUAUCUCCAAUGCCAAGUUACAUCUCUAG